AUGGAAUCGGUUGAUGCUGAACGUGCAAGGAAGCUGUCCCUCUUCCGACCUCUUGGUUACCAACGCAGUUCUUGUGGUUACUGUAAAUCAGCUCUUGGAAGUGCUGCCUACUACACUAGCUCCGUCUCAGUGCGUCCCGGACACUAUGAAGACCUCGUCAACCGGGGAUGGAGAAGGUCGGGAACGCUGUACUACAAGCAGAAUCUGCAGCGAUCAUGUUGCCCUCACUAUACCAUGAGACUUGCGGCGUCCGCCUACCAUCCAAGAAGAGAUCAACGGAAGGCCAUCAAUCGCUGGAACAAGUUUGUUCUUGGUCCGGAGUACAUUCGCCGGGCAGCCUACCUCUGUCCGAAAACGAGAGAAGAGAAAAGGCAUCGCAAGCGCAAUUUCGACCUUCUCGCAGCCGUCCACGAAUCUGAAUACGGCAAUAUCAAGCGUCCCAUUGACCCAAAGACCAAGAGACCUUUGGAGCCAGCUCAUCGGUUCGAGAUCAACAUAGAAGGCGACACCGUCUCCCAGGCGAAAUUCGACCUCUUCGUCAAGUACCAAACUACGGUCCACAAAGAAGAUGUCUCCCAAUGGCAAACAAAAGACUUUAAGCGUUUCCUCUGUUCCGGCCUGAAACGGUCCCAACCAGAUGCCAAAGCCGGAGAGCGCCGAUCAGGUUCCUGGCACCAGUGCUAUCGACUAGAUGGAAAACUCAUCGCCGUUGCAGUGUUGGAUCUGAUGCCAAACGGCGUUAGCUCUGUUUACAUCUUCUAUGACCCAGAAUAUGAGCAGUGGGAAUUCGGGAAACUCAGCGCGAUGAGGGAAAUAGCCAUGGCAAUCGAGGAAGGAUACCAGUACUACUACAUGGGAUACUAUAUCCACUCUUGCCAGAAAAUGCGCUACAAGGGCUCAUUCCGUCCCCAGUACAUCCUAGACCCCGAAAGUUACACCUGGGACCCCCUGGACGACGAACUCACCAAGAAACUCGACCACACACCCUACGUCUCACUCUCACGCGACCGAAAACUAGCUGCCGCUGAUACGAGCACCCAAGGCGCAGUAGCCGGGUCAGCCGGAACCAGCGCGGAAGCCAAGGCUGACGAGGAGAUCAACGACGUAGACGUCUCCCUAUUCGACUUGCACAUGCCCGGGGUCAUGACAUUAGAUGAAAUCAAGUCGUCCCUGGAUUUGGAUAAUUGGCUAUUACUAGUUCAUGGGUCAUUCGUCAAUAUGAAUGAUCUGGUUGGAUGGGAAACUAUGCCUAUUGAUGAUCCGCAGUCAGUCAAGGGGAUUGUGGCUGAAUUGGCUGCAACAUUGGGCCCUACUGUUGUUCGCGAUAGUGCCGUUGUGCUGUUUGACUAA